CAUACCAUACUUGUAUUACCCUCCCAACACAGAGAGAGAAUUGAAGAAGAGAGAGGGAGAGAGACAGAGAUGGCCAUAGAGGAACUCAGCAAAAUGGUUGAAGCAUAUCCAAUGAAAGGUGGAGAUGGGCCCAACAGCUAUGCCAAGAACUCCAGUUACCAGAAAGGAGUUGCAGGUGCUGCCCAAGAAGUUGUGAACAUGGCUAUUGCAGAAAAGCUUGACAUAGACAACAUCACAUUAUCUAAUUCCAACACCUUUAGCAUUGCAGAUUUAGGCUGCUCUGUUGGGCCAAAUACGCUUUCUGCAGUUGGGAACAUAAUUGAAGCUGUGCAGCUCAAGUAUCAAAGCCAAGGGCGGCUGCUUGAUUCCCAAAUCCCUCAAUUUCAAGUUUUCUUUAAUGAUCAUACCCCAAAUGACUUUAACAUGCUCUUCAAGUCCCUCCCUCCCAACAGACAAUACUAUGCAAUGGGUGUGCCCGGUUCUUUCUAUGGUCGUCUAUUUCCUAAAGCUUCGGUUCACUUUGUUCACUCUUCUUACGCCAUUCAUUGGCUUUCAAGGGUACCGAAGCAGGUACUCGAUAAAAAUAGCCCUGCUUGGAACAAAGGACGAAUCCAUUACCUAAAUUCUACAGAUGCAGUAGUGAGGGCAUUUGAAGCUCAGUAUGCUGAGGACAUGGCGUGCUUCCUGCAUGCCAGGGCACAAGAGAUUGUCUGUGGAGGAUUGAUGGUACUUAUCAUUCCAGGUCACAUUCAAGAUACACAUCAUUCCCAAUCUUUUAGAAAUAUGACCUAUCAACUAUUAGGGUCUUGCCUCAUGGACUUGGCUAGGAAGGGAGUAGUUAGCGAGGAGAAGGUAGAUUCGUUUAAUAUACCCAUUUACUAUAUGUCUCCCCAAGAACUGGAAGCUUCUGUAGAAAGAAAUGGCUGUUUUAGCAUAGAGGGUAUGGAAAACUUACGUAAGAUCUCAAAACUUGGCAAUGUCACCGAAAGUGCCCAACUAAUUGCAUCUCACGGCAGAGCUGUUAUGGAGGGACUGUUCAGGCAGCAAUUUGGAGAUGAAAUUUUAGAUGAGCUCUUUGACUUGUACCGCAAGAAACUUGAAGAGAAUCCCUCCAUCUUUGAGUCAAUGGAUGCAACUCUCUUUCUUGCCGUGCUUAAACGCAACACAAAUUGAUUUGGAUGAACUUUUGUUGGUUUUCCUGCAGCUGCAUGUAGUUAAAUUCCCUUUAGCUUCAUGGUUAUGUUAGUUUUAUUGUAUGAUUUAGUGGCAUUAAAAUUUUUGAGCAACAAUAGAUAAUAAAGGGGAGAGAGAUACACUGAUAUCCCUAGUUGUUCAUAUAUAUGUAAAUCGAUCAAGGUUUGAAACUAUUGUGAAUGGUAUGUGUUUAAUUGGUGUUGUUCUGCGAUUAAAAUGAUUUUGAUUAA